UUCCAAAUGCACAGAGGACCUCAACUAUGUUUAAACUACUUCUGAUAUUUUUUCUACUCUUCAGGACAGACUUCAUCGCAUCUGCUGCUGUAAUUCAAAAGAAAAUCCUGGAGACCUUCACUGCAGGUGAAACUAUAACUUUAGAGUGCUUGAUACCUCAAAACUAUGAAAACUACUAUUCCUGGUUCAAACAGUCUCUGGGAGAAGCUCCAACAUGCAUCCUCAGUCUCUACGCUGACACUUCAACACCAACGUUUUAUGGAAACUUCCAGAAUGACAAGAGAUUUACAGUUUUAAAGCAAGGAGAUCUUUUUUCUCUAACCAUUAAUGAUGCAAAGCCAUCGGAUACUGGAAUUUAUUACUGUGGUGCCCGUGACUAUGACCUUAUAACUUUUAGUAGCGGGCUGUUUUUAAACUACAAAGGGGGGGAAACAAGACAACAUCACAUUAAGCAGUUUUUAUCUGCAAUGGACUCGGGUACUUUGGUUAAUGAGCAUGCGUUUAAACCAGGAGACUCUGUGAAUAUUCACUGUUCAGUUCUCACUGAGAAAUAUGUGGGAAAUCACAGUAUCUACUGGUUUAGACAUGAAUCAGGAGACACACAUCCAGGAAUCAUUUACAAGCAUGGAAACAUAAAUGAUCAAUGUGAGAAGAGCUCUGAGAAAGAUUCACAUGUACAGUCCUGUGUCUACAAUCUCCCCAAGAAGAACCUCAGUUUAACCGAUGCUGGGACUUACUACUGCGCUGUGGCCACGUGUGGGGAGAUACUGUUUGGGAAUGGAAGUACGCUUGAAAUUGGAGAACCAGUUUCUGAGUCUGCCUGGACUGACUUAAAAGUCCCAGUUUUGAUAGCAACAAAUAUUUUGUGGUUGGUGAUCAUCGCUAUCCUUCUAUGUAAAAGAGUACAAAAACGACAAGAAACAUUUUCUGAAACCCAGCCAUUGCAAACAACACUUUCUUCUGCUAAUGAGGGUGCAGCAGAGGAGUUAAGCUAUGCAUCAGUACAUUUCCAUGGAAGAAACUCAAACCGACACGAGAUUGAAAGGAGCUCAAACACACAUGUCAUAUAUUCUACUGCUAGAUGUUCUAGUAUUAAAUACAAUUCUGUGAUAUUGUCUGUGAUAAGUAAUAUUGUCCUGUAUGUGUUUGUUUGUUAUAUUUGAUGUAUCCGGGUGCAGUUAUGAGUGCUAAUAAAAUAAUGUCAUUGUCU